GGGAAUUGUUUACAUGUGACACAAGGCUCGCAUGGUGAGGUCGGUGGAGACUAAUAAUAUAAAGCUGUUUACGAUCUAUGCAUCGAGAAAAGCCAUUUCUCAGCUGUGCAAUUGUUGUAGGUAUUGUGCCAAAUGCAGCAGCAGCAGCAGCAGUAUAGUUUUCACUUUGAAUUAAGUGUCUACUCCAUUGCAUAAUUUCCCGAAAUAGUUGUACGUGUCAUUGAUAGCUGAUUUACAGAUAGCAACUGAACGCUGACCAAGUUUUAGAACAUAUAUUCUAAUAGCUUAAUGCAAAAAUCUGGAUUAGCGAAAUGUUUAUAUUUAAAACUUGGCCUCAACAGGGCCCACCUAUGUUUAAACUCAUAUUUAUGGAAAAGUGCUUUUACAAGAGCAAUGGGUUCCAGGCUUGUUCUCGGCAUUGAGACAAGCUGCGACGAGACUGGUGCUGCCGUAAUGGAUGAAACGGGCGUAAUCCUUGGAGAAUCUCUUCAUUCACAAAAAGAGGUGCAUUUAAAGACUGGUGGCAUUAUUCCCACUAUUGCCCAGCAGCUCCACAGGGAGAACAUAGGACGAGUGGUCCAGGAGGCCAUGGAGAGGAGCAGUAUUAGCCCCAGUCAGCUUUCGGCUGUAGCCACCACAGUGAAGCCGGGUCUGGCCCUGUGUCUGGGGAUAGGCCUGGACUUCAGCCUGAGCUUUGUGAAGAAACACCAGAAGCCCUUCAUCCCCAUCCACCACAUGGAGGCCCACGCCCUGACAGUCAGGAUGCUUCAGCCUGUGGUUUUCCCAUUCCUCGUUCUACUGGUCUCCGGCGGUCACUCUCUCCUGGCUUUGGCCAGGGGAAUCGAUGACUUUCUUCUGCUGGGUCAAACACUGGAUGAAGCACCAGGGGACGCUAUGGACAAGGUGGCAAGGCGUUUGUCCCUCAUUAAACACCCUAAAUGCUCCACAAUAAGUGGGGGUCAAGCGAUAGAGCUUCUGGCUCAAGAUGGAGACAGGUUAAAGUUUCACUUCAGGCCACCAAUGGGAGCUCACUAUGACUGUAACUUCUCCUUUGCUGGUCUACGAAAUCAGGUGAAAAUGACAAUACAGAAAAAAGAGGCAGAGGAAGGUGUGGAGCCGGGGACUUUGUUGUCAUGUGUGAAUGACAUAGCCGCUGCUAUGCAGCACACAGUGGCCUUUCACAUUGCCAAGCGCACACAUCGUGCCAUUUUGUUCUGUAAGGCCCAAGGCCUUCUGCCUUCCUUCAAUCCAACCCUGGUGGUGUCAGGAGGAGUAGCUAGUAAUCAGUACAUCCGAAAGACUUUGAAGAUUGUCACAGACGCUACUGGAUUGGAUUUGCUUUGUCCUCCGUCCAAGUUGUGUACUGACAAUGGAGUCAUGAUCGCUUGGAAUGGAGUUGAGAGACUGAGGGAAGGAAAGGGCAUCCUGUCUUAUACAGAUGUCGUCCACUAUGAGCCCAAGGCUCCCCUGGGUGUGGACAUUACAGCAGAAGUAGAAGCAGCUGCUAUCAAACUUCCCCCAUUAAAGCUGAAGAUUAUGGACUGAUGUUUCCUUGAAUGUACAAACCAAUCCAUUAUGUAUAUUAUUCAUAACAUAUUCAUUUUUAAUUAAACAUUUUAAUAUUAGGUGUA